CGUCGCUACGUACGCUACGUACUCGAUAUACUAGAUAAUUCAACGUUCCAGCUAUUCGAAAGCAAAUCGAACGGAUCGGUGUUACACAGUGUUACGGUGGAUUGCUGUUACCUGUGUUUGUGUUUUAUUGUUUUGUGCCUGGAUUUGUUACAUUGUGGCUUAAAAAGACAGCGAUUUUUAUUUUUAGCUACUGACAGAGUUGUUCGUGUAACUAUAAGACGUCCGUGAAUGCCGCGCCGCAUGGAUGGCGCCGCAACUAUGGCGGUCGCUCGCCUUCUUCCUGGCAGCUACCACCCUCACCGUAGCUAAAUAUGCAGAACUAGAGUCAUGGAAAGGAGGUGGAAGACCAGUAACAUCAGCGCAGGAGGCUGAAGACGAACGUCAUGAUGCAGAACUGCUUGCAGCUGUACGUACGUCCAUGAAACAAUGGGAAAUCAAGAGGUCACGCACAAGGACCAAGAGAUCACAAGGAAGCGUCUGCUACGGUGAGUUCGGCUGCUUCGAAGAUGCGGGUCCAUUUGCCUAUUUAGAGACGCUGCCGAGUCCGCCUGUGGAGGUCGGAACACAUUUUCUCCUCUACUCAACAACCAGCAGAGGAGAUCAGCCACUGAUAGCGAUUCCAGCGAGUAACAUGUCGGCUGCAUGGAGCUGGGCGGCGCGUGCAUUUAACACGGCGCGCCCUACACGUGUCAUUGUUCACGGAUUUGGCUCCAACUGCGACAACGUAUGGGUGUACGAGAUGCGCUCCGCUCUAAUGGCAGUCGAAGAGUGCAAUGUAAUUUGCGUUGACUGGGAAGGGGGGGCUACAAUGCCGAAUUAUCUUCGAGCCGCGGCUAAUACGAGACUUGUUGGCAAACAGUUGGCAAUGCUCUUGCAAGGCUUAGCUGAACAUAUCGAUUUGCGGUACGAGGACGUUCAUCUGAUAGGAUUUAGUUUGGGUGCACAUGUCGCUGGUUUUGCUGGGUCGGAGUUAAGAAAUAUCAGUCGCAUUACAGGCUUAGAUCCGGCCGGACCACUAUUCGAAUUUCAAGAUUCUAAAGCUCGUUUAGACAAGUCUGACGCUAAGUUUGUGGACGUGAUCCACUCUAACGGCGAGACCUUGAUCCUGGGCGGCCUGGGCGCAGCGCAGCCACUGGGUCACGUCGACUUCUACCCUAAUGGUGGACGCGUACAACAUGGCUGCUCCAAUUUGUUUGUUGGUGCAGUAUCCGACCUGGUGCUGCCUUGGGCAAGUGCAUCAAUCGAAGGCCGCUCGCUAUGCAACCAUCGCCGAGCCUAUAAGUUCUUUACCGACUCAGUUUCUCCUAAAUGCCACUUUCCUGCGUUUCCUUGUUCGGAUUAUGAUGCAUUCUUGGAGGGCCGUUGUUUUCCCUGUGACGGCGACCAUCGAUGUGGUAAUAUGGGCUAUUACGCGGAUCGCUCUCUUGGACGAGGGCAACUUUAUCUCCUCACUAGGGAAGAAGAGCCUUUUUGUGCCCACCAGUAUCACGUAGCCUUGUGGGCGUCGAGCGAGACGGGCGAUAAGCCGAAUUACGGACGAAUUACACUCACUCUACAUGGUGAUUCGGGUCUAAAUGAAUCGUUUCCUAUGACCAAGCGGUCGGAGCGAGCGCCGAGCGUGCGGUUCGGUCGCGUGCUGGUGCCGCACCCCGCGCUAGGCGUGCCGCUGCGCGCGUCGCUGCAGUACGCGGCCUACAACGGCUGGCUCACCGCAGGCGCGCGCGCCAUGCUGCUGCACAAGCUACUCAUCACGGACAGCUUUGGAAAGACAUCGUCGUUUUGCAAAGAAUUGCGGCUCGCAACUGAUGAAUCAGUCCAAUUGCCGUUACAUCCGGGAGACUGUAAAAUUCAAGAGACUAAAGAACCAUUGAAUGAAACAAUCGGCGAAACGGAGACCGUCGUAGAAAAUGUAACUAAUACACCCUUAGAAGACCCACAUGAUAAUGAACUCCCUGAAGACAACCCAGACAGGCCAUUUGUAUUGGUAGACUCUUACGAAUGGGAGGACACUGGAGACACUGGACGCGCUUUUGGUAUGACAAAUACUAAAACCGCACCAAGUGGACUUAUAGAGAUUGCUGAACCAGUGUUACGUCCUCGACUUCGCAAAAUGCCAAGGCAAAGAGCAGAUUCGCCCGACAACAAUCACGAGAUAUCAGAGCCUAUUCUUCGUGCUACUCAACCACCCCGAAGCACUACGCAGCCUCCAUCUCGCAAACCCAAAAACUAUGACGUCUCAACAACAACAAGUGAUGUGUCUUCAGACGAGCGAGCCGAAAAAGAAACAACUAGCUUUGCUGUACAAUAUCUGCCAGCACGACUCGCGUCUUUCAUCUCUAGAGCUGAGCGCUACGCUCGAGACACACUUUUACCAUUGGUUUCAGCCUACGCUCCUCGUUUGCCUCUAUUCGGAUCACGCGAAGUUCCAAAGACAACCGCAAGAUACAUUCCUACCGAAGAUGUGAACGUAACUAACUCCGUGCCCAUUCCGAUGCCAACAUUGGAAAUGAAGAUAGAGUCUCUUCGGAUAAUGGGUCCUCCGGGAGAAAAACGCGAGUUCGAAACUCCAGAAGAUCCCGAUGUACCAGUAGUUAUUUCUACGACGACUACAUCAUCUACUACUACUACCACUACCACUACUACUACUACUACACCAACAACGACAACGACUGCAGCGUUGCGUGCCGCUCCAGUAGAAAUGUUACAAGUUGUUGAAGGGCCAGCUGCUUCCACUAGUACAGCACUUCCACCUAUUGCCUUGCGUAGCAAAGGCGAAAAGAUAUUAAUAGUAUAUCCAAGUAACGCCAGGGACGAAAGAAAAAUCAAAUCGCAUUCGUUCCCUGAAGAGAUGCAGUUUGAGGCGCUGUACAGGCACACGGCGGAACCCCAGGCGGUACGGGUAGACUUGCCCACAUUCACGCCGCCAGUUUCGACUGAAAAUCCAUCACAAGCAACUUCCACAACUCCGAGCGCAAAAUCAUCUGACAGUCAUUACAUUCCAGUUCCAUAUUCUAAUAAACAUGAUGAAGAUAUAAAAUCUAAACUAAGGUAAAUAUCGAUAGGAGUUGAUAUUUAAUGCUACUUAAUGUAAAUAUAUCUUUUUGUGUACGCGUAUAGUCCAAUAUGAAGGAUUAGAAAAGGUAAAUAAAUAAACAAAUUUUAUAAAUCAUUAUGAAGACAUAAGUGGAAGAAGGUGACAUGAAAUAAAAAGAUGAUUCCAAUUAUCAGUUUUAUGUUAUUAUGUUGAUUACUUAUUCAUUUACCAUCAUGUUCUUUGAUGUUUAAAAUUUGACUAAUAUUAAAAAUUUGACAUACCACCUUCAUCCACUUAAGUCUUUCAUCAUCAUAAAUUAAUGUUUUUGUAUAUAAGUAACAAAUGGUUGAACCAUUAGUCAUACGUGAAAAAGAAUAUUAUCGUUUUUAUUUUUAAAUUAAUAAUAGCACCCGAUGACCCGUCAAAUCCAAUACUGCGUUGUUCUUAAUAAUAUUUAUAGGAAAACUAAUUUUAAAUACAAAAGCACACGAGUUAAUCAUUUAUUUUAUUCAUUGGCGCAAUAAUAUAUUCUAUAUAGUUAAAUGUUAUAUCAAUUGACGUAUUCAUUUAUUUGUACAAGAAAUCCAAAUUUAUGGAACUUACAUAAGUAUUCGAUAUACGUUAUAAAGGCAAUAAAAAUUGCUUUGACUUGAAUCGUAUACUUUUGUUUUUGAUUUUAAAAAUCUAGUUAAGCUCAAAUUGAAAAAAAAAACUAGAAAAGAAAGAAUUUGUUCACCCAGUUCAUUGCUGUUCUAUGAAUUCAUUAUACUCAAAUAAUCAAAUAAUAAUUCAUAAGUAUUGUAGCAAGUAGUAAAAAAAUUGAAAUGGACAAUCGCGAUUUGGCAUCUAUUAUUUAAAAAAAUGUAAUUUAUUCACAUUCAUAUACUUACUUUAUUUUAUUUAAAUGAUAUACCAAAACUGUGUAACGUUUGAAUCAGCUUUAUGUCGUAUUUGAAUAAC